AUGGGAGGCGGUCCUAAGGUUCCCUACCCCAAGCACGUCUGGUCGCCGGCCGGUGGUUGGUACGCCCAGCCCGCGAACUGGAAGCGUAACACCGCCGUCAUCGGUGCCGUCAUGGCCGGUGUCGUUGCCGUUAUCUGGAAGAUCAGCGCCGAGAAGGAGGUGCGCUACGUGAUGCCUCAGGAGGGCCGGUUCUUCCCCAGCAGAUACUGGUCGAAGCAAUUGAUCGAGUACGACAGAGAACAGGCCGCGAGGAAGGCCAAGGAUACGACGCAGGCGGAGGCGAUUCAGAACUCAUAA